AUGUCAGACGACUCGCCUCGCAAGCCAGAGUACCCCCGGGACGACAAAAAGCCCUGGAGGCUCAUCAAGGGCGACCCCGACCACUAUGCGUACGGCGAAUCUGGCAGCAAGAAGCUGCGAUUGGACGGUCAAUGGUACGUCUGUCCGAUUUCCGGCUGCGGCUUCAUAAAGGACUGCAAGAAUGAGUUCGUCGGUCGUCGGCAUUUCCAGCUGUGGCAUGGCUACCCAUGGCCACAGGACUCCAGAGGCCUCCUCAGCGCCGCGAUUCUGCUGCCACAUGAUCAGAAGAAGCAGCAGCAGGAUGCGUGGGCUGCUAUUCUCGGCGCUUUCGGUGGUGCGUCUGCGGCUCCGUUCACCGAUACGGGAAUCCGUAGAGGUGGAAUUCCUUACCCGUUCUCUGCUGCUGCUGCAGCAUAUGUUGAGCAGACUGGUGGUGUUGCUGCUGCGCACGCGCGUGCAUUGAAUGCGCCGCCUCCUCCGCCUGCUCUUCCUUCGCCCUGGCCUCCCUCUCCUGCUGCUGAUGCAGCUGUGGAUGCGCUUUGGGCUGCUGCUCCUUCUGGGCCAGCCAAGAAGAAGAAGGAACCCGCCAAGAAGCGCGCUCUCUCUCCCUCCGCCUCCGCCACCACCACCAAGAAGCCACCGAAGAAGCGGAAGCAGGCUAACGGUGCCUCGAAGCCCGCCCUGGCUUCUACUUCUUCGGCGGGCGACAAGAAGGGGAAGGGCAAGCAGAAAGACCCGGAAUCAGUUCCUGCCGCGGCUUCUCCUCCUCCCGACCUCCCAAUCACCACCACCACCGCCAACGACGACGACGACCCCGAGCACCUCGAGCACCUCGAUUUCGCCGUCGCGACAGAGGACUCCCUGCGCGACCAGAGCGGUGGUGUCCGCCAGGAUGCUUCCCACGCCAGCAAACGCGCUGCUGCUCAGCAGAAGCAGGCCACCCAACAGCGCCUCGCCCUCCUCAACCAGCAGCUGCAGCAGACGCAGCGAGAGCACCAGCAGGAGCAGCAGCAACCAUUCGCCUUCCGCCUCCCGCUCACCCAAUUCCCUCUUUCUUCCGCUCCUGCCACCACCAAUGCCUCUCCUGCUCCCCCUCGUCCGAGGUGGGUCUGCCGUGCCCGUGUGGCUAAUGGGGAGGCGGUGUUGGGUGAGGGAGAGGUAGAGGGAGAGGGGAAGGGGGGGUUGUGUCCGUGUGAUGAGGCUGGGUGUGCGCAGAGUUAUGAGGAUUGGUGA